AGCUUGCGCUCAUUUUUAAUCUGAACUUGGCCGGGUACGGUCGUGCCACUCUCUUAACCAUUUCCUCCGAUUAAAAGCAUAUUGUGCAAGUCGCACGCGACUAUAUGUGUGUGUCUUUGUUAAUUAUACGACAACUACCGCAGUGAACUGCAGAUGUGUGUAUAAAUCAAUGUCCGCUAUCAACUGGCUGCGGCUGCAGUAUCUAUAAGAAAUAAAGCCCCAAACAGCAGCGCUCGUUGCUUGGACAGCUUUUUGGAAGUGUUGUUGUUUAUCGGCCAAGAGGCUGAGUCGAAAAUUUGGCGCGGUUUGUUUGUGACUAAGCCCCCACGCGCGAUAAGCCAGACAAACAAAACACAAAUAAGUGAAUAAAAUCGAAUUUUAAUCAAUUACACGUGUCGGUCCAAACAAAGAGAUAAUUCGGUUAUUGUGUCGCAGAGUGCAUUCGGAUUCGAAAUUAAAUUAAAUAAGCUAAUAGCUAAUAGAGUUGUUUUCGGGACAAACCACAACAUAAACCCCAUAAAAGGCAAUCAACACUGAAAUCAAAUGGCUGACGAGUUCUUGGGGGAUAUAGAGGAAAUUAUCAAUGCCACAAUGGAGGAGAGCGAUGGCGCCACGGGGGGCGGCCCUCCGCCGUCCGGACAGCCAAUAUUCCCGCAGUCCACAUCCCUGCCGGUAAUGUCGUCGCACCUGCCACUCCAAUUCCAGAGCCCGGCGCCGCUGCCCAAGCCGAGCACCAAAAGUGGACCCCACCUGCGAAUCGUGGAGGAGCCGACGAACAAUAUAAUCCGCUUUCGGUACAAGUGCGAGGGCCGCACCGCAGGAUCGAUUCCGGGCAUGAACUCCAACACGGACAAGGGCAAGACCUUCCCCACCGUCGAGGUGUGCAACUACGACGGUCCCGUUGUCGUGGUAGUGUCCUGCGUGACCAGCGACGAACCCUACCGCCAGCACCCCCACUGGCUGGUCAGCAAGGAGGAGGCGGACGCCUGCCGGUCCGGCACCUACUCCAAGCGCCUCCCUCCCGAGGAGCGGCGGCUGGUGCUCCAGAAGGUGGGCAUCCAGUGCGCCAAGAAGCUGGAGAUGCGCGAUUCCCUGCUGGAGAGGGAACGGAUCAAUGUGGAUCCUUUUGGAGCUAAAUUCGAUCACAAGGACCAGAUCGACAAGAUCAACCGGUACGAGCUGCGUCUCUGCUACCAGGGCUUCAUCACAGUGAACAACAAGCCGGUGCCCCUGGACCCCGUUGUGUCCACCCCGAUUUUCGGCAAGAGCAACGAGCUGACCAUCUCCAAGAUCUGCACCUGCUCCGCCCCGGCUUCCGGUGGCUCUGAGAUCAUCAUGCUGUGCGACAGGGUCGCCAAGGACGACAUCGAGGUGGUAUUCUACGAAACGGACAGCCAUGGCCGGGAGAUUUGGAGUCAGAAUGCGGAGUUCAAGCCCACGGAUGUCUUCAAGCAGAUGGCCAUUACGUUCAAGGUGCCCCGCUACAAGAAUCCAGAGAUCACAGCAAAUGUUAAUGUGGAGCUGAAACUUGUACGACCCUCGGAUAAGGCGACCAGUGCGCCCCUGCAGUUCGAGUACUACCCCAAAACAGGUACGGUAACUUUUGACAGGCUGCAGCGCAAGUUGAAGCGCCGCCAGGAGCUGGACAUCUUCCAGCAGAUUCUUUCCCUUGACAGCGAAACGACAGCCACGAAAUACUCCUGCCCGCCGUUGGACCUCAACGACGAGGAGAACAACACGGUGUCCUCCGACGACCAACAGAGCUCGGGCACACUGAACGAAUUCGAGAUUGCGGUGAAGAAGUUGCAAAUGCGACAUCGCGGCGAGUCCCACGACAUGGACGGCGGCACCGUCACCGAGUACACGGAUAACGAUAACGAACCGGACAUGGAAAUCGAGUUGGAGGUGCCGCAACUGCUGCCCCAGCUGGCCGAUGACUGCACGCAGACCUCUACGCCCAUGGAGGAGAUCCUGCAGCACCCGCAGCUCCAGCCACGUCCUCUGAGCAAUGUGGACAAGAUAACCGAGUGGAUGAAGAGCAGCGAGUUCGAGCGAACGGAUAGCCUCACGGUGGAGAACGGGGACACCAUAUCCCUGACGAACAGCACCGCCCAAACGGCGUUCACGAACGUGAGCAGCUUGACCGCCAACACGACCAUUACUAACCAGCUGGACGACGAAGGCAAUGGUCUGCCCGUCACGGCCAACGGAUCGCGCCGAGACACCCUUGAGAAUCCCGCUGUGAAAGAGCUGCCGGAAACCGAGAAGAUCGAACCGGAAAUGGUUUCGGCCAGUGCCCAGGCGUCGGUGGACUUGGAUGAGAACUUCGACGAGACGGCCACGUACACCAGCCUUCAGAUAGCUUUUAACAACCCCGUAGAAAUAGGAGCUCCGAACAAGGAAAACAAGCAGCAGACCAGCUACCCACCCACUAAUCCGUUCGGCCAGCUGGAUGACGACGAGUUGGUCGUCCUAACCAAUCCACCGGCACCGAGGAUCAAAGUUAAUGCAGCUCAGACACCGGCCACGCCUCCAGACUCGCCGCCACUACCGCUCCCACCGAGGACACCCUCACCCGAUCCCGAACACCGGCUGCCGCCGCUGCCACCGAAGCCGCAAAGAAACUCCCAGGACCUGAGCAUCGUCAGCGAUUCGAUAUCCAUAAGUCGGUCCAGAAACGGCAGCCUCAGUUCGAAUAGAACCACUCCCUCACCGAUCAUCAUAAUGAGAACCCCAGACCAGAGUCCCACCAAGAAGCAGCCCACCCCGAGUGCGUCUCCGAAGAAGCGCCAAGGAUUCUUUUCGCGCUUCUUCUCCCGUCGCAAGAGCAAAGCCGAAGACGACGAGUCCUUGACACCGGGAGCAAGUCCCAGCAAACAGCAAGCGGGCGGCUCCCGGGCCACCACUCCCACUGGAAGCCGGGAGCCGAGUGUGGCCCACUUCUCCCUUGGGGAUCCCAAUCGCAGCUCGACCAAAUCCAUGCAACCCCUGGGCAGAGGCGAGACCCGGAACGGCAAGCCCGUCGGCCGCAGUUCGAGCAGUGUGUCCGGCAAAAGACCUGCCCACCUGGACGCGGAUGUGAUUCACAUUCCGCUGAAGGGAGGCGACAGCGAGAACAGCCUGCUGCGGCCGGAGAGCUACUCCAAUGCCAGUACCCUAAGCUAUGGAAGACCGCUGGACAGGAAGACCCUAAGCACGCUCCAGUUGGCCGAUAUUCCCAUUAGCGAUGGCAACAUGGAACUGAUAGCCAUUGCCGACCGGCAGAGCAUCAAGAAUCUCUGUGAGGGAGCCUACGGAGUGGUCCUCGAUCCCAGUGUGGACUUGUCCGAAGCGGAACACUUUGCCCUGUACACCAGCAAAAGUCCGGAGCCUCCGGAAUCCGGCGAGGGCGGAGCGGCCGGUGGCGGAACGGAUGCGGCCGAUUUCCUCAGCGCGGAUGAAAUUGCUCGGCGUCUGGCGGAAGCCAACGGCUUGCAGUAGACAAUGGGGGUUGGGGGAUGGAACAAAUUGGGGUUGUGGGUAACUGAUGUAUUUUUGUUCUUAUUGGCAACACAGUUGCACUUAUUAGAUCCGAAACCAAGAGCUUAAAACAUGAAAUUUAACAACAAAAAUAUUUUUAACAUCAGUUACCCGGGACUACCCGACACUAGUUAGUCCAACACAGCUAUAACUAUAAAAUACGUUUUCUAGUCGUCUUCUAUUUCAGUAUUACAAACUACAAUGGCUUCACAACUUACUAGAUUUAGAAAUGUUUUUGAGAGCACUUACCCGAAACAGAAACUACUAUUUAUUUCUAACCACCCCGAUAUCCGAAUAUCUUUAUAGACAUCCGCAUCCAGCACACUCGUAAACUGGGUUCUCAAACGAUUGAAAGCCUUAAGCGCACUCUAAUGAACACAGAAUUAUAUCCAUCCAAGCAGUUCAGAACGUCCAGUAAGUCCUCAAGAGUAUUCCUCAUGUUUAUUGGUGCUGGGAUUAGGUUUCCAUAAUACAAAUCUCACCUCUACAUAGUUCCUAGAAACUCACAAACACACACACUACCCAUACUCAUUUUAAUGACCAUUUUGAGUAGAAAAUUUUGAAUAUAUAGAUAUACGAUAUAUAGAACAGGAGUUGAUAUACUGUGGACCAAUGGGUUGAUGACUGUUUUCGCCCGAAAGCGUUGGAAAUUUUUUGAAUAGUAGUCGGUAAAAAUCUGGUUGAUUUAGGGAAUAGUUUAUUGAGCGCCGUUCGAAUUGAAAAUAUUUGUUCUACACAUUCUAAUUGUACUUGAAUUUGAAAAAUAAACGUUUUUGAAAAAAAAUUAUUCUCUCAAGAGUUAGUGAAGUACUUCUGCAAAGAAAGAGUAAUAGUCUUGCCUUGAAUUAUUUAAGAAAUACUUAAAAAAUCUACAAUUAAAUAUCUGUUGUCUUGUCAUCCAAUUAAACCAAAAAAAUUAAGUUAUAUUUUCAUUAAAUCUGGCAACGGCAAGGCUAUUAAAUGCUUCGGGCCUCCGAGGAUUUUCUCCCUUUCUUGUUUUUUGUCUAGUUUUCCCAAGCUUCGUAUUAUAGCCCCCAAAGUUGGACAUCAAACGAGA